GACCAGAAUUGAGAAUUCAAAAUUCAAACAACAGCACCAAUCUCAAGAGGUUCGUCGCAAACCCGAGAGACGAUCCAACACCCAUAACCACUAUAACAACAACAUGUCCAAUGACCACACAUCCAUUGGACCGCAACAAAAUCCUCCAACUCUGGUUACAAAGCCUCCUAGCCUCACAAAAUGUCGCCCUCUUUCGCACAAACUCGUAUUGCUCAGGCUAUAACUACUCACCGUCCCUCCUUAACCCGCCUUAACCCUCACAAACCACAAAUUCCCAUUCCCAAACAACUAAACACCAUCCUCGUCCUCACCACCACAACCAUCCUCCAACCAAACCACCAAACCACUCUCCCUUCCAAACGAGCUCACCAUCCCCAUUCAAAUCAAAACCCAAACCACAAAAAUGCCUUUCCGCACCCCCCAACCAAUCUCCAAACCACCAAAAUGUCCUUCCACACCCAGACCCCAACCCACUCAACCCCAAAUCCCCUCACCCCCACACUACACCCUCACACCCACACCCCCCUCCUUCGCCACCUUAGCCGCCCGCCUAGCCUACACAUCCGAACCCCGCUUCCUCCCCAACGGCGAACUCACACGCCCAGACCCCAUGCCUGGCUACAUCCCUCUACACCACGACGACCGACUGCCACUACAUCCACGGCCUGCUAGUCUUUUAUCCUGGAAACCGGUGCGGAGGAGCGAGCGGAGGCGGGAAGACAAGGAUACGUCAUCGACGACAACGACAACGCAAGGGCGGAUCGAAAAAAAGAAAGGGGAGGCAAAAGUAAGAGCGGGGUUGAGGCAGAUGGAGUUAGCUAUGCGGCUGAAGAGUGAGCCUGGUCAGGGACAGAAGAUGCAUGAGGGGUGGCAUCCGUGUGAGCAUACUGCCGCGGCUGAGAGGGAGCAGCAACAGCGGGUGCAACAAAGGGAUUCGGAGGGGAAUAAUGGGAACACGCCACCGCCGCUGCGUGGGUCUGGUCGUGUAGGUAGGAAAGGGGAGAGAUAUGUACGGUGUACGUGCUGUGGGCGAGAAUAUCAGGCAAAGUCGCCGGCGGAACUAAAGCCAAAUACGAAACUCAGCAUAUGUAGGGAUUGUGGGAGGAGCAUGAAUGUGGAACAUGGUGAGAUGGAGGAAAUGGAAAUGUAGAUAGACGAGUAUGCAGUGUAAAAGAAUUAGGGUUGGGGGGG